GUCUUCAUUGUAUUCGAUGAGCGCACCACGGAAUCGAGUCCUCGUCGUUGGUGGCCAUUGGGAGCCUGUCAUUGCGCACUUGCUCGGCGCUGAGCGAUUGGAGUCGGUCGCGCAGGCGAGCUCAACCGCGGCCGCGUCGCACCACCCGUGGACGAUUGACAACAAGUACUACACUGCAGACCUCGUUGUGACAGUCGCGCGGCACUGGGACGCCGUCGAGCCAGCGCACUGGGCCGAGGCCGACGCCGUCGUCGCCGUGUUUGACGCGCACGAGCACGCCACGUUCACAAUGCUCAACGAUGCAUUGCAGCAUGUGCAGGAGCACGAGCCGUCGGUCCUCUUGUGCGUGCGGUCGUACGAGACUGGCCGCGGCGAGGAAGCCCAGCCCAAUACUGCAACCACUAAUGCCAGCUCGAAUGAAGUGCCUGCGACAUCCACAGUAUCCCGAGAGCAGGCAAUCGCAUGGUGCAUCAAGAACGGAUUCGAGUAUGUCGCGGUGGCGCGAGGUGCAGGCCUGGACGCGAAUGGAAACGCAAUCGCAACGCAGACUGCCGACGACGACGAGGACGAAGAUGAUGACGAUGAAGGCAUUGAUCGUGUUCGACAGGCUCUGUUCUCCAACAUGUGGGAGUCAAUGGUCCGGAAAGAAGCCAACGCAGGCAACGCUACUCGCUCAGGACGCAACUCCACAACGGCAGGCGCUCAAGCUAAUGCUGGAGAUCGUCCAUCGUCGCAGCAGUCAACCUCCACGGCAAGCAGUGCAGCCGCAGCGGCAGAUUUGCAGCAGCUGUUGGCGAGUGCACUUCGCGCGGGAACGGGACCAGCUGACUCGAGCCUGCCCUCGGCCUCAGGCCUUAACAACCGUGUUGACUGGGGUCUCGGGCCCGAGGAGGACGACACCGAAGCCCACUUUGAUGAAUUUGACAAGGCGCUUGGCAAGUUGGCGCAAAUGAAAGCGAAAGCAGCGGGCUUGCCAGACCAGGAACGGCGUGCAUUGGCGGAGCAAGUCGCAAUGAGCUUUUAUUCUCUGCUCGGCGGUGACGACGAAGAUGAUGAAGGAAACUAUGGCGGGGACGACAGUGAUGAUGAAGACGCAUCUGCGAUGCUUGCUGAAAUGAUGGCAAAGUUGAAGCAAUAGAUCCGAAACACAUCUUUGAUUUUGA